CUCCUAAAGUAACACAACCAUCUCAUUUCUCCAUUGAUUUCUUCCUUUCAGUUUCAUAGUCUAUACACACAACACAAGAAGCAAACAGAAAAGAUGGGAAUGGUGGUGGUGAUUUCUCUCCCUUUCAUAUUGUUCUGCUUAAUUCUGGGUUUUGGAUGUUUCUUCUUUGGAAAAGCUAGAGGAAGACGCGAAGUGCAGACUAACCCCCAAGUUUAUGGUAUGCCAACUCCACCACCAGGUGCUCCAGAUGCCUUCACUUGCUCACCUCCUCCACCUCAUUCCAAGCCACACUUUGCUUCCAACGUUUAAAAGAGAGUUGUGUUGUAUCGGGUUUGGUGUAAAUUGGCUAUAUAUAUGUUGUACUUAGAGUCCAGUAUCUCAUUUUAUUCAUUUGUAUACCUCUUCUAGCUCUUUCUAUUCCCUGUUUUGUGAGGUUGAAAGUUCAAUCAACUUUGAUUAAUUUGUAACAUCUAAUGAGUGAAUUUGAUUUUGCUCAA